AUGAGCGACUUCGUGAAGGUCGACCUCGUACAUAAUCUGUACAAGAACAAAACAUGGAAAGAAAUAAAACUAAACAAAUUCGAAAGUAUAGAAAAUGUUAAGAAGAAAAUAUACACACACACAGGAACCUCCCACAACCACAUGGACCUCUAUGCAUAUGACGAACUAAAUAUAGAAAACACGCAAGUACACCUAGGUAAUGAUCAUUUUUGUCUUAACGAUUAUCAUGUGAAGGACAACUACACCAUCUACAUACAAGAUAAAAACAAUGCCGUCCACAAUGACAUCAUUUAUCACAUUGAUGAUUCUGAGAAACUAAACCAACUGAAACAUCUCAAAUAUGAAAUGAAAGAGGAGGACUAUGACAAACGGCAGGACACGUUUAGGAAUUUUAUAAAAAAGUUGAGGGCGCGUGGGGGAGGGGCUCCAAAUGGGGAAAGCCACCCCAACGGGGAGAUCCACGCAAAUGGGCAAGAAGACCCCCUCAAAACCCCCCCCUACGAUGAACAGACCUACCAAAUUGGAAACCGCUGUAGAAUCAAAAUAGGAGACCGAAGAGGCGUUUUAAAAUUUGUGGGAAAAUUAAAAAAGGGAAACGAAAUUUCCGUUGGUGUCGACUUAGACGAACCUUUGGGGAACUCCGACGGGACAUACCAAAACAAACUUCUCUUCGAAUGUAAAGGAAGCAAAUAUGGGUACCUUGGAAAUAUUAACUCCAUCGAGGUGGGAGACUUUCCCCCUUUCGACAUUAUGGAUGUGGACGAAUUUUAA